GCGCUUCUGGUAGUUUGUGAAUGGGAACUGGCUGAAGCCAGGAAAAAGGAUGCAUUAGAACGUGCCAGGGUGCGUGGAGAACAAUUACCUCAAGAGAUGAUUGGUGAAGAAAGAGGUUUGCAUGUUAGCAUUGAAGCAGAUGUUAAGAGUCUCCUACAAGGUAAAACCUUCGGUGAAUUAGAAGCCCUGCAAUCCCAGAUUGAAUCACAAAUGCAAUCUGGGACUGCAAAGGUGGUUGAAUAUUGGGAAGCUGUUCUUAAACGUCUCCAUAUAUACAAAGCAAAGGCUUGUUUGAAGGAAAUCCAUGUCAAGAUGCUGCGCAAGCAUUUGGAACGCCUAGAGAGACCAUCUGAGGGUGAAAAAAACAAAGAACGGACUCCAGGACUUGAUGAGCAGGAUUCUGAUCAAGACGCCGAGGGUCCCAUUCUAUCUCCGAUACCUGUAAUGGAUGCAGACGUUCACCCCGAAGAAGAACCAGCUGGAUCAUAUUCACCACAACUGUUGCAUGGUGAUGAAAAUGAAGAUGCAAUUGACCCUGAGGAGGACAAGGCUAUUUUGGACAAGAGACGUAAUGCUGUAUUAGAAGAGCGACGUAUCCAAGAACUGGCUUCAAGACCAACUCCACCUGAAGAUCACUUUGAGAAAAAUGCCAUGAAAGCCAUGGGAGCCAUGGAGGAAGGUGAUGUUGUAUUUGGCACAAAUGAUGAAAUCAACCUUGAUUCCCAGGUGUACUGGUGGCAUGAUAAAUAUCGUCCAAGAAAGCCGAAAUAUUUCAAUCGUGUUCACACUGGCUAUGAGUGGAAUAAAUACAACCAAACUCAUUAUGAUCAUGACAAUCCACCCCCCAAAAUUGUGCAAGGAUACAAGUUCAAUAUUUUCUACCCUGAUCUGGUGGACAAAUCAAAAGCUCCGACUUACACCAUUGAGAAAGAUGGGGAUAGUACUGAGACUUGCAUCAUAAGGUUUCAUGCCGGGCCCCCUUAUGAGGACAUUGCAUUUCGCAUUGUCAAUAAAGAAUGGGAAUAUUCACACAAAAAGGGGUUUAAAUGUACAUUUGAGAGGGGGAUCUUACACGUGUACUUCAACUUCAAACGUUAUCGAUAUCGUCGGUGACUGUCUGGAAAGCACUAUUGCUAUUUUUCUCGUCAUG